CCGCGCUCUCAAGUUCAUAUUGAUGAGAUGAACGUGAACAACUAACUGGCUGUGGACGCGCUGGAACCGACAUCCAUCCCACUAGAAAGUCGCCGUCGCAAGUCACGACCUCCACGCCCCGCUGCUCAAGCAUGAGAUUUUCAUGAAUGAAGGACUCAUAGUUUUCUCUCGUACACUGCGUUCCAUCUCAUAGUUCUGAUACCCCCUUGGCUUCUUUUUUCUAUUUAUUUGGUUUGCGCGUUCGGUUUUUUCCUUUUCAUCCAUCACCAAGGCUUGGUCUCACUCACCCAGACCUCAUUCGUUCCAACUGCUGCUUCGUCGCAAUUGGCCCGCCCGCGCAAAAGACAGCAAAGCGCAUAGAACCUUCGGAGGCCGGCCCGGCACGGAUUUGAACAAGCCACACGAAUAGGACCACCAUGGCUUCCCCCUCAGCACUGUUCGACCUGGGUCAGGGGCGCCGCGAUCUGGCGGCCCUGCCCGCCGACUGGCAACAAAACAUUAGAGAAGCUUGGGAGGUGGUCGACCAGCAAGGCCUCGGCUCCCUCAACGCGCGCGAGUGGCCUUUCGCCCUCCGCGCCAUCGGCUUCGAUCUCGCACGCACCGAGACGUACGCCCUUCUCGUCGCGCACGGCGUCCCGCCGCACGACCACGACCCGUCCCGCGGGCCCUGCAGCCCAUCACGCCUGCGCAUGCCGCAGGAGCACUUCUCGGCCAUCGCCGCGUGGCUGCUCAUGCGCCGCGACCCGCAAGAGGAGGCUGAGGACGCCUGGAAGAUGUUCGACCCGCGCGGUACGGGGCGUGUCACGCUCGAGAGCCUGAGGGCCGUGUGCGCCGAGGUGAACAGUACGCUGAGCGAGGCCGACAUGAGGCGGAUGAUUGACAUGGCGGACAUCUCGGGCAAGGGGUGGGUUAGCAAGGAAGAGUUCAUUGAGGUUGCCAGGGGCGGCUUCGGCCGUGGUUAGCUGUCGUGUGUUACCAGAAGAGGAAAAGGAGGAAGGGGGCUAUUCAUAAGAGGAGGGGGGGUGUAUUAAGACUUCGAAGUUGUACAUAUGUAGUCUCUCAUGAAGGGAUUGGGGCAGCCUGCUUGGAGGAGACCGGCUCCAUCCAAACUUUGAGUUGGCAGAGUAAGGAGUGAGCACGAUAAGCAAGGAUGUUUGUUUUUUGUGUUUUCGUAUCUUUCUCCCUCUCAGACAAGCACGGAUAUCGGCUCGCAUGUCUUCUCUCGCAACCUUCAUCUCAUCCACUUUGGGUCCCAAACCAUCCAACGUAUCCAAUACAGACAUGGACCACACCCCCUUAUGAAAAUGGUCUACUAGGAAUUAUCGACAACCGUGGGUACAGCUAAAGGGGGGCAAAUCCGCGUUUGGUGACCGUACGGGAUGAAUGUCCAUGGUUUCUCCGGCCCAUUCCCUCUGCUUAUCUUCACCAUUGCCUUCAUCCCUCCAUUU